AUGUACUGCAUCUUUGCUUAUGAUAGCUGUAUUUUUAAUAAAGGCAGAAUUCUUUCAGAAGCCCUUGCUAGAUAUAAUAAUAAAAAGACAACUAGUUUAAUUCUAGAAAGCUUUUGUGAAGUUAAAGAAGAAAAACUGAAGGAUAUUCAGUUUAAGGAAAAUGAGCUAUCUUUAUAUGAUUUCAUAUCAGAUGGUAUAGAUAAUAAGAAAUAUUCGUUUUUUCUCGCUAUCGAUAAAUAG